CAAUUCACAAUUGACAUGACAAAUGACAAUUGAAAUCUGAAAAUCAAAAUUACAAAAAUUUAUAAAUAUUUAUUUUAAUUUUUCGUACAAAUUAAAAUUAAAUUUAUAAAAUGUACACAGAGGUGGACGUAUUUGUCAGUAAUUUUACUUUGAUCGAUCCCGAAAUAUAUCAAUUAUGGAUUGAGGGAUGCUCGUCUAGUGAGGCAGUGACAACCUUGCAUCAAAGAAACAUCACCAAGCAGACAGGUGCUACAGUGGAGCUCAUUGCUAGCGAUGUGUUGGAUCAUUACAGGACGUUUGCGCUGUUGGAGAGGCUGUUCACAGUACCAUCAAAACUGUCAGAGCAAAUGAUCUUCCAAAUAGAUGAGCCUACCAAGCACAUGCUGAUUGAAAAAUAUUAUGACUUGGAUGAUGCUGUGAUAAGAGAGCUUCUGGGUCGAAAAUUGUCGUCACGGCAUAGGAAAGAUCUGGAUGAGGUGGCGGAGCGGUCGGGCGCUCCGCUGCGCUGCUGCCGGCGCCAGUUCGACAACGUGCGGCGCAUCUUCAAGGCGGUGGAGGAGAUGCCCGGCAACGUGGUGGCCAACAUCCGCGCCACCUUCCUCAUCUCCGAGCCGCUGGCCAAAAAGUACGGCGCGGUGGUGUUCAUAGCGUGCAUGCGGUUCGAGACGGCCAAGCGCAAGCUCCAGUACAUGUCCUUCAACGACUUCUACCACUGCGCGCAAGCGAUAAUGGGCAGCUGGACGUACAGCUGCACCGGGCCCGAGUACUACGACACGGAGAUGGACCGCGAGUUCCUGCUGGAGCUGCGCGAGCUGAGGAUCCUGCUGGACAAGGAGAAAGAGCACAAACAUUUGAUAUGUAUGCGUCUAAAGCCAAAGCUGCUGGAGAAAUCGUACCAAGAAUUGGAAUUGAACUUCAGGUUGUACUCGCGCGCGCUGGUCGGGCUGGCGUGCAACCUGCACCGCGGGAGAGAGCUGCGCUCGCUGUUCGUCGAUUUACUCGAGAAGUGUGUGGAGCCCCUGCGGCUGGGCAGCUGGCCCAAGACGGAUCUGGCGCAGUUCCUGUGCGCGUACGAGCAGUGCGCGCUGCAGAUGGACGUGCUCAGGGAGGCGGACUUGAAGAACGUGUGGGAGCGAUACAUGCGCGUCGUGAGUCGCUGCUUGCUCACCAUGUACCACAUAUAGCUGACGGCGUAACACUAGCUGUGCCCGCGGCUUCACGCGCGUAGAGCCGGCACUGCUGGAGUAUCGGGAUAAAAGUAGCCUAUGUGCUAUUCUAGAUUUUACUCUAUAAGUGUGCCAAAUUUCAUACAAAACCGUUGUCGUUUUGGAGUUAAAUAAUUUGUAAAAGAUCGUAAUAUUUGUAUUAAUUAUCAUUAGUCAAGAACAUUUGUUCAUAAAGUGUCCUGAUAUUUUACAAUUAUAACAAGUUGAAAACUUAAAAUUAAAGUUAGCUAAGUGUACCUAAGUAUGCCUUGUCUAUUAUAAAUUAAAUGAUUCUCUUCUGUACUUACCUAUAUGUAUAUAUAUUAAACAGGUUUUUUUACAA